AUGCGGGUGUAUCUCGCCGGACCGCCCUUUCACUGCUCCUUCUGCCGGACCUUCGCCGACCCCGGAACGGGAAAGCCCAAGGCGAAGGGCGCUGAGCCGCAGAGGGGACCUGUGGCGGGAGGACGUGAUCUUAGGGACCUGCCUGCGGAAGAGGCGGCACUGCGCUCGGCAGUGCCCCUGGAAGGAUGGCUGCUGUUUUUCUAAAGACAUUAACAUUACAAACCAUAAAGACUGAAAAGAAUUGCCUUAGAUGUUUGUGUAAAUACAUUGUGCAAAAGACGGCACUAGCACAGUUGCCCCUUACUGUUUCUGCCCCAAGACUGUCCUACCUAAUUCACACAAAAGCUUUUAGUAGUGUUGAAGACACCAAGGAUGAAAGAAAAAAGAAUGAAACUGAUUUUAGUAACAUUGGAAGAAAAAUUAGUGAGCGAAUUAUUCAUGUAUUUGAUGAGAAAGGCAAUGAUUUGGGAAACAUGCACCGAGCAGAUGUGAUUCGACUCAUGGACGAGCGAGACCUGCGACUUGUGAGAAGGAAGCCCAGUGCAGAGCCUCCCGAGUACCAGCUUAUGACAGGCGCACAGAUUCACGAAGAGCGGCUGAGACUGAGGGAAAGGGAAAAGGCUAAACCUAAAACUGGACCCACUCUGACAAAGGAACUAACUUUUUCAUCAAAUAUCGGACAACAUGACUUGGACACAAAGAGUAAACAGAUUCAGCAGUGGAUUGAGAAAAAAUACAAAGUUCAAAUUACUGUAAAGAAAGCAAAGAAUGCAGAAGAGACAGAAAAUAACAUGGAGGAGCUCUUUAAUCAAAUCCUCCAGACUAUGCCUGGAAUAGCAACCUUCUCAUCCAGGCCACAACCUGUUAGAGGAGGAAAAGCUGUAGUAUGUGUUCUUCGUCAUCUGAGCAAAAAGGAAGAAAUUGCAUAUAGACAAACUCAAGAGACCCAGAAAGGAGACCCUUUGAACAAAGAAAAUGGAAGCGACAGAAAAUCGGAUAUUCUUCAUCAGUAAUUAAAGAAAAACGUGCUUCUAAGA